CUGUUCUUUAGAACAAAUCAGAUGAGCAAAACCGACUCUUUUUCCAUUGGAUCAGUCAUAAAAAAAAGUGGAAAUGCAAUGAGCGGCUUAGUUUCUUGGUUUUCAUCAGCGAAAGGAAUACUCACCAAAGGCUUGCGAACAUUUCUGGAUAAAGCACUGGCUGGCUUAUUCAUCUUCGUAUGGUCAAUCGUGUUUCUGCAGCACCAAAGGAGCAGAUUGGUUAGUGAAGAAUGCUGUCGGAAGGGUACAUCAGUGGACUUGCCUACCGGAAUGACACCCCCUGGAAUUGUGCAUCUUAUAAUGAGAACGUGGCUGAGGAAGAGGUAGAAGAGACUAACUCUGCUGCUCUUUGCUAUUCCUCUGUGGAUGAAUCCCAAGUCGGAAGUCUCUACCUGAGCUGCAAAUCCUCUGGCAAGUUCAUUUCUUCAGUGCAUUCAAGAGAGAGCCAACACAGUAAAAACCAGAGAAUCGCAGUGCUACAGACAAAUCCCAACCCCUUGUUUGAAAGCCCCAACUUGGCUGCAGUUGAAAUCUGUAGACACCCCAGCAGAGAGACCUACUUGGUUCCACCUUCCUGCAAAAGUAUUUGCAAGAAUUACAAUGACUUACAUAUUGCAGGGGGCCAAGUGAUGGCCAUUAGUUCGGUGACCAGAGAUUUUCUCUGUGAGAGUAGUUUUGAAUCUGGCCCUUUGUUGAAAUCAUCUGAGAUUCCUUUGCCAAUGGAGGAUUCCAUUUCUACUCAGCCCAGUGACUUGCCCCAAAAACCUAUCCAGCGGUAUUCAUCCUACUGGAGAAUAACCAGCAUCAAGGAGAAAAACAGCCUGCAAAUGCAGAAGCCUAUUUCUAAUGCUGUGCUGAACGAGUAUCUGGAACAGAAGGUGGUGGAGUUAUAUAAACAGUACAUUAUGGACACCGUGUUUCAUGACAGUUCCCCUACCCAGAUUCUGGCAUCUGAACUCAUCAUGACAAGUGUGGACCAAAUUAGCCUCCAAGUGUCGAGAGAGAAGAAUCUGGAGACCUCAAAAGCCAGGGAUAUAGUCAUUAACCGCCUAUUGCAGUUGGUGUCCACUGAGAUCAGUACUCCUAGUCUCCAUAUUUCACAGUAUAGCAAUGUGAAUCCAUAAUGGGGAGGAUGUUUCCAUUCCCCUUUAUCAACUCUCACAGC